AUGGUCCUUCUCAAGUCCAUCCUCGCCUACGCCUCGUUGGCCAGCGCCGCGGCGGUCCCUAUCGUCCCCUCUGUCAACUUUGCGGGCGAAAAGGGCCGCUUCAGCGUCAACCUCAAGUACAACGAGAACUUCCAGCGCGGCGCCCGCGUGCCCAGCCUCGGGGCCCGCGACGACGGCAGCGGCACCACGCCCGCCUACAACAGCAAGUCGCGCCCUGACGCAGAGUACUACGCCGAGCUCCUGGUCGGCACUCCUUCGCAGACGCUGAACCUGCUCUUUGACACGGGCUCCAGCGACCUCUGGCUCUUUGGUGCCGACGCCCAAGGCGACAUUGAUCCCGGCCAGGCACAGUGGAACCACUCUGAGAGCAGCACCGCGACGCUCGUCAAGAACGGUAAGUGGGACAUUGGCUACCUGGACGGCUCCGGCGCCAAGGGCACCAUUUACAAGGACACCGUCUCGAUUGCCGGUGCCACCGUCGCCAACCAGGGCGUCGAGUCCGCCACGGAAGUCAGCCCCAUCGAGGACGGCUCCAGCAUCCUUGGCGUCCCCCUUUCUGGCAUUAUCGGCUUCGGCUUCGACAGUCUCAACUCGGCCUCGCCGCAGCAGAAGACGCUCUUCUCCAACCUCAUGCCGCACCUCGACGAGCCCGUCUUCACCGUCGACCUCAAGCACAAUGCCGACGGCACCUUUGGCUUCGGCUUCGUCGACGACUCCAGGUACACGGGCAACCUCAGCUACACCGAGGUGGACUCGUCGCAAGGCUUCUGGAAUAUCACCGCGACCGGCUACCAGAUCGGCGACGGCGACUUUGUGUCCUUAGAGUACAGCGGCAUCGUCGACACGGGCAACUCCGCCUUUGAUGUGCCCACCAAGGCCUACAACGCCUGGAAGAAGAAGGUGCCCGCCGGCGACAUCACCGCGCGGACGGUCCUGCCUGACUUUUCCUUUGGCAUCGGCGACGCCAUCAUUACCGUGCCGGGCGCGCACCUGAAGAAGAAGGACAGCGACGGAAGCUACAGCCUCACCCUCACUGACGCUGGUGAUAGCGCGCCAACCUUUGGCUCGCCUGCGAUGACGGGCGCGUAUGUUGUUUUUGAGAAUGGUGAUGACGGUCCUAGAAUGGGAUGGGCCAACUCUGCCUAA